AUCGACAUGCGCAGUAGCAGCAGAAUGCAGUCGCCAGGACGAUGGCCGUCGAUAAUUUUCUGUUCGGUCAGUGCAUCCUUUACUUUUUAGCGUUUCUGUUCGGUUUCAUCGCCGUUGUGCCACUCUCCGAGAACGGGGAUGACUUCCAGGGAAGAUGCCUGCUGUUUACGGAGGGAAUGUGGCAGAAUGAGAACAUGACGAUGGGGAAGCAGCGCUUUGUUGUUGAGGAAUGGGGUCCAGAGUCAUCCUGCCGCUUUAUCACUUUCGUGGGCAUCGUGUCGCUCAUCCUCUCCGCUGUACAGGCGUGGAGGACGCUUUUCUUUCUUUGCAAAGGGCACGACGACUCUCAUUUCCACGCCUUCCUGAAUUUGCUGCUGUCCCUCCUUGUGGUAUUUGUGGUGUUUGUGGCGGGCACCAUUACCAGUGUUGGCUUCAACUCAUGGUGUGAUGCAGUCACUGAAAAGGGGGCCUUGCCAAGCAGUUGUGAGGACCUGCAAGACACUAAUUUAGAGCUUGGUGUUGAUAACUCAUCCUUUUAUGACCAGUUUGCCAUCGCACAGUUUGGAUUGUGGUCAUCUUGGUUAUGCUGGUUGGGUCUAACAGUGCUGGCCUUCAUGAAGGUUUAUCAUAACCACAGGCAGCAGGAGCUGCUGGACAGUCUAGUUCAGGAGAAGGAGCUUCUGCUCGGUCAUCCUUUACAGAGUUCUUAUGUGUAUAACAGGAAUGUCAUGAUGUAAACCAACAUCUCUCUCUCUCUCAGUCCCUUUACAGUAUAUACCAGUUACACCGCUACUAGUUUAUGAGACCUGAAAUAAUAAUCUUAACCAUUUUGUACAAAACCUAUGACAAAUAUUACAUUACUCUGAGUCUGGUCUUUAGUAUCAUUUGCAAAGUAUGUUUAUGUUUAAAUGAAUGAUCAUUGCACAUGCCAUACUCAAGGCUCAGAGAGUUAAAGGUCCAGUGAUGUUCUCUAGACAUCAUACUGAUACUGGUACAUGGGUUGUAAAAUGUUGUAUUUUUAUGGUUAUGCAAAUUUAUUAUUAUCAGGAUUAAGAUGGGGUAUGUGUUCUUACAAGAGCUAAAAUAAGCUAAGUACAAUAUGAAAAAAGCGCAAUGACACACAUGGUGGUUUUAUUUUGUUUAAUAAAUUAUGAAUAAAUAUAUGAGUAUAGAUUUUUUGCAGUAAGAAAUUUGUUUUCAUUCAACACAUACAAGAUGAUACCGUUAUUAUUAAAAAAUCAAAUGUACAUAUGAUACCAGAUCACUUAGUUUUGGCAAAACAUCUCACAACUGUAUCAAUUUGGAUUUGCGUCUCAACGAUCAGCGUUUAAACGUUUUGCUGUUUUUGUCGCCACCUAGUGGCUGAAAUAUUUUUUUUAAAGAAUUGCACAUAUUCAACUAGAUUUGAUCCUUGUUUCCUUAUAAACAACCAAAUAAUUAAACAUUUUUAUCGGAAUAUAAACGUAAAUCAUUUCAACGCAUAGGCAUGCAUUUGCUCGUUUCCAUGGUUCUGUUUAAAUGGUAAUUACGCUAUAUUUUUUUGGCAAAAUUGCUUAAUUGGAUUAUAGAAAAA